AUGAGCACUCGUCGCCGGAAUCCGAAUGGGAAUUCUGCAAACCACAGUGGCGAAGAUGUCAGCAUCUGGCGAGACCUCUACCAACGCUUGAACCAGCUCAUCGUCGCGCAGGACCGCACCAGCCAGUCUGCCCUCCAGCUCUCGAAACUGCUUGCCCCUCAUGACGCCCUAUCCGCUUCAAUCGACUCGCUCUCUAAACACGUCACCGAUGAACUCGGGAUCUUGGAGGUUUGCCUCGAAAGGCUUGGGAUCUUGAUUGCGCUCCGCGAAGCGCCCCCUGAUCCACCAUUGCAAGGCCGGUCUACUAAAAAACGUCGAUUGGAACCGGCUAGCUCGGCGGGCUCAUGUGAUCGUGGCGUCUCACCAUUCGCAAGUACAUCGACGUCCAACAGCCAGACCCAGGCCACUAGCGAGCAGCCCACUGCCGACUCACCCGCCAGUAGGAUCUCCUCCCCCGCCCCGCUCUCCUCCCUGCCCGCCAUGUUCACCCAGACUCAAACCCGAUCCCAAGUAGGCUCGCGCUCCAGCACCCCGAUCUCCGACGGGAGCACCUCCAAGAAGACCGACUGCUCGAGCACCGUCAGUGCACGGCCGACCAGCUUCAGAGCCGACCGACGAGUCGCCUUCAGAGACCAACUCCCAUUACUCCCCGGCCGCUUGGUCGCUUUUAAACGUCCUCGGAAGCCUUCCGAAAACACUAGUGAAGAGCAUUGGAUCAUGGCCAAGGUUGUCAAGUGUAUAUCUGGCGAUAGAAACCGCUAUGAAGUAGAAGAUGUAGAUGAGGAAGGACGGAAGGGCUCGAAACAGUUCAGCUGGAAUACGACACUCAAGUCGAUCAUUCCCCUGCCUGUCAAAGACCACCCCGACACCUAUCCGCAAACCAUCCUGCACCCAGGUACCACCGUCCUGGGCCUCUACCCCGACACGACCACCUUCUACAAGGGUAGGGUCAAGUCCUGCCCCUCCGAUCGAGUCCGUAGAUAUAAGGUCCUCUUCGAUGAUGAUGCCGAAACCGGCCCGCUCAAUGUUAACAUGGAACAUCUCGUCCCAAUCACUUGA